GGCGGCCCGGACAGCCAAGAGGAUGCGCCCGGAAGCAGCCGGUCGGCUUCCGGAGGGUCAUGGCUGUCGAGGCGCUGGUAGCUUCCGCUCGCGCUCUGCGCUCGCGGAGCUGGCUUCUGGGAACUUGGCAGACACAGAUUAGAGACACCCACCAGCGAGCUUCAUUAUUGUCUUUCUGGGACCUCAUUCCCAUGAGAGCAGAACCUCUGAGAAAGAAGAAAAAAGUAGAUCCUAAAAAAGACCAAGCAGUAAAGGACCGUUUGAAAAAGAGGAUCAGACGCCUGGAGAAAGCUAGCCAGGAGCUAAUCCCCAUUGAAGACUUUAUAACACCUGUGAAACUCUUGGAUAAAGCAAGGCAGCGGCCUCACAUUGACCUUCCCUUUGAGGAGAGUGAGCGGAGAGCUCUGCUUCUGAAGAAGUGGUCCCUGUACAAGCAUCAAGAGCAUGAGAUGGAGAGAGAUGUCAUCAGGUCCAUGCUUGAGGCCCAACAGGAAGCUCUGCAGGAACUGCAACUCAUGUCCCCAGAGCUACAUGCAGAGGCCACCAAGCGGGAUCCCAGUUUGUUCCCCUUUGAAAAAGAAGGGCCAGAUUACACACCACCAGUCUCUAACUACCAGCCCCCUGAAGGCAGGUACCAUGACAUCACCAAGGUAUAUACACAGAUGGAGUUUAAGAAGUAGAGCUGCAAGCAGCUGUCCACAGAACACUGCCUUUAGAGCCAGAACAGGGCUCAAGCAUGUUGUGAAUAAAUGUUUAAUAAAGUGUCUGUUUUA